AUGAUCAAAAUCAUUACAUCUGAUGCAUUCCGUGAGGAGGAAGUUAUCAGAUUAAUCAGAUAUACAGAGAAAUUAGCCCAGAUAUUUGGACUAAAUGAGCAAAAUGCAGAAGUGUAUAGUGCGCUUUCCGAUAGGGAGACUGUGGUUGAUUUAAUACAAGAAAUAGUUCCCACACUGAUUAGUGAAAAAGGUAAGAGUUCCUUCUAUUCACCUGAGUCUUCCAGAGAAUCUGAUUCGGUUGAGAUAAUUGAGGAUCUUAAAAAAUGUUGCAGUAUAAAUAAUAUAUGGAAAGAUGAAGUAAUUUUAGAAAUUCGCAGAAGAUUAAUAGUGGAUUGUACAUUUGUCAAUGAAAAAGCAACUGUUAAGGCAUUGAUUGACCCCAAAUAUUACUAUAGCAGUAUUAGUAAUAAUUGGCUAGUAGGAUUGAGAUAUAGGAUUGAUAAACGCGAUGCAAGAUAUUGGGAAAAUAGUGAAGAGAAAAGACUUUAUUAUGUAAGAAAUGACAUUAAUAUAUUGUCUCCUUCGUUAUAUACAUUCUACGAAUUAUUAUUCCCUAAUUUCACCGCAAUUAAUUCAGAUGGGGAGGUCAUAAUAACCAAGUUUUUCAAACAUAAGUCUGAAUGUUCGAGCUCUGAAACCGAAUCAGAGUCUAAAUCAUUUAGUUCUGAGUCAGAGGAUGAAGUUACCUAUGUUAACGAUGUACCUCCAAUGAUUAUGGACACGGCUGAUACCCCAAACGAUUUUAUUACCACAUUUAGUGAUUAG